AUGAUCGGAGCUAAAUGGCUUAAGCAGUUUAAUGCUGCCAUGGACGAUGUUUCUGCAGUAAAAACUAUGGGUCAUGGUGAGGUGUCUCGGUCGACGAUGGCAAUGGUUGAGGGGAAUCGUGGUGUGUUGGGGUCAGGGUCGAUGAUAGUGGAGGAAACUUCGGCUCAACGUGAGGCAGGGAUAGGUUCAUCAAAGGUUGUUAAUGGGAAUCCUAUAGUUGUGAAAGAUAUUUUAUCAGCUGCUCAGAAUAACAAAAUAUCUAAUGAUAUCAAUGAGGAGGCUUGUCAUUUGGUUCUUGAUACGAAGAGGAGAAGAACGACUAUGGAAGAUAUUGAUGGGGCCCAUGUGAGGGGUGAUGUGGCAACGGGUCAAGAGGUAAAUGGUUCAAAGAACUUGAGUUUGGUGGGUACUGUCAUAGAUGUCAAUGGUAGGAGUGGAGGUUUUGCGUUAUUAUGGAAAAUUGAGGAUGAAGUGUCUUUGCUUGGAUUUUCUGAUGCUUAUAUAGAUGUGAGAGUUGCUUCUGAAGGUGUGCAGGAAUGGCGUUUCACUGGUGUGUAUGGGGAACCGAAUAGGAGUAGGCGUGCUUCUACUUGGAAUCUGUUACGUACUCUUGCUAAUCGGUCUAAUCUACCAUGUGGACUUCAAGACAUGGAGUUAUGUAGUUAUCCGUUUACUUGGGAGCGUGGGAGGGGUACUAAUCAUUGGAUCAAAGUGCGUUUGGAUAGGGGGCUAGCUAAUCUUGCUUGGUUGAACAUGUUCACUUCUGUUAAGCUCCAUAAUCUUGAAAUUUCAACUUCAGACCAUACUCUGAUUCUUAUGGUCAUGGUUCCUACUACUGGCCACAAUUUUGUGAAGCAAUUUCGGUUUGAAAAUUUUUGCGGGGAAAAGCUGGCCGAUUGGGGUAAGGAGGUUACUGGGAACUUUAAAGAAAGAUUGAAAAAGUGUAAAAAUGAGCUGCAAAGGUGGAAAUUGGGUCGAGAUGAAGUAUCCGUUGCCAAUUACAAACAACCAAAGAGAAAUUUGGUUCAAAGUUAUGUGCAAAGGGAAGUUUUCUGGCGUCAAAGAUCAAAGAAAUUAUGGUUGCAAGAAGGAGACAAUAAUAACAAAUAUGUUUAUGCUUCUGCAACUACAAGACGAAGAAAUAAUUUUGUGGCAAAACUUAAGGACCAUCCUGGUGCGUGGGUUGACUGGGAUAGUGGUUUGGACCAACUUAUGAGAGAUGUCACAAGCAUUGUGCAAACUCGUGUAUCAUCGCAGAAAAAUACCGAGUUGUUAUUACCGGUUUCAGACGAGGAGGUUUGUAAAGCUUUAUUCCAGAUGCAUCCGGAUAAAUCCCAAGGGCCCGACGAUCUUAACAAAACCAUUUUGGUCUUAAUUCCUAAGAAGAAGCAGCCUAUGGAUAUGGGGAAUUUAAGACCAAUUGCUUUAUGUAAUGUGUUGUACAAGAUUGUGUCCAAAGUGGUUGGUAAUAGACUCAAGAGUGUUAUGCUAGGGAGGGAUGGUUAUAUGGCACUUAAACUUGAUGUUAGCAAAGUGUAUGAUAAGCUUGAGUGGGGUUACCUCUGUGCUAUGAUGGUUUCUCUAGUUUUUUGCGUAGUUAUGAAUAAAGUAGUUUACUCAAGGGAUGUAAAAUUGCUCAAGGCCACUGAGGAUGAAGCGUACAAUGUGAAGGACCUGUUGCGUACUUAUGAGGUGGCUUCGGGACAAAGAAUUAAUUUCACUAAGUCUUCUGUGUUUUAUAGAAAUAAUACUGUUGGGAGGAAUAAGAAUGCUAUCCUUGGCUUUCUUAAGGAUAAGCUUCGAAAGAGAAUUCAAGGUUGGGAAGGGCAUAUUUUGUCUCGUGCGGGAAAGGAGGUAUUGCUGAAAUCUAUUGCUCAAGCAUUGCCGAAUUAUGCUAUGAGUGUAUUUCUCUUGCCUUUAGACACUUGUAAGGAGUUAGAGCGGCUUAUGGCUAAGUUUCGGUGGCAUUCAAAUUCGAGCAGUGGUAAAGGUAUUAAUUGA